GGAUAAUGCUGAAGGCUUCGAAGAAGUUCCUCAGCUUGCCAACUCUUUGGUUAAUCAAAUCAAAGUCAUCCAUUCACCAGUUAAGCUGACUAAAUAUGCAAGUCUCUCUAUAAAUACAUUGUUUGUUUGAUAUUUUCUGUCAUCUUUGCCUCAAUAAUAUCAAUCAUCCUGUCUCGCAUAUCUGUUUUCUUAAACAUUUUUCGGGUCCUUGAAGUUGUAAAGAACAACCAAAAUGGAGAGAAGAUCAUCUUUAAAAAUCCAACCACCAACAUUUGGAAAUCUUACCACUAUACUCAGUAUUGAUGGAGGGGGCAUCAGAGGAAUCAUUCCUGGAGUUAUUCUUGCUAAACUUGAAUCCGAACUUCAGAAACUGGAUGGUAACGAUGUUAGGCUUGCAGAUUACUUCGACGUAAUCGCAGGAACCAGCACUGGUGGUCUCAUAACAGCCAUGUUAGCUGCCCCAAAUGAAAAUGGCCGUCCUCUAUAUGCUGCUAAAGAUAUAGUGCCAUUUUACCUUAAAAACGGCCCUAGAAUUUUCCCACAGGAAAGUGGGAUGCUGGCUUGGGCUGCCAAGCUAUCAAAAGUUCUAACAGGACCAAGAUACGACGGAAAGUAUCUUUACAAGCUGAUAAGAGACAUAUUAGGGAGCACAAAAUUGCAUCAAACCCUGACCAGGGUGGCUAUUCCUACUUUUGACAUCAGGAAACUCCAGCCUACAAUCUUUUCCUCCUAUCAGGUUCCGAUCAAUCCAGACAUUGACGCUCUGUUAUCAGACAUCUGCAUAGCCACAUCUGCAGCACCAACUUACUUCCCUUCUUAUUAUUUCAAGAACAACGAAGCAGAAUUCAACCUUAUUGACGGAGGCAUUGCAGCUAACAAUCCCACAUUGGUUGCUAUUCGUGAAGUGACCAAACAGAUAAUGAAGGAGAACCCCGAUUUUUCCCCUAUGAAGCCCUUGGAUUAUAAUCGAUUUCUUGUGAUUUCGCUUGGGGCAGGGUCGAACAGACUUGAAAAGAAAUACAAUGCUAAAAUGGCGUCCAAAUGGGGUGCAAUAGGUUGGUUAUAUGAGAACAAUCAUUCUCCAAUAAUUGAUUGUUAUAACGAAGCAGGCAAGGAUAUGGUUGACUACCAUAUCUCUGUGGUUUUCCAAGCCCUUCAUUCAGAGGACAAGUAUCUCCGGAUCGAUGAUGACACGCUAAGAGGGGAUUUGGCCUCCGUCGAUUUAGCCACGAAGGAGAAUUUGGAAAACCUUGUAAAAGUAGGUGAGAACUUGCUCAACAAAACUGUUUCACGCAUCAAUUUGGACACCGGCCUCUACGAACCAGUUGAAAAUGGUGGAUCCAAUGAGGAAGCACUGCAAAGGUUUGCAAAACUACUGUCAGAUGAAAGGAAACUGAGGGAGUCAAAAUCACGGCAGGCCAACAUUUCUAAUUCUUAAGAAUAUGUUUCUUAUAAAGCCUUACUGUGUGCUCUGUAUUCCUCGAUU